GAAGCGUAAGGUCCAUUUGGGAAUCAGAACAAUCAAUCGACGGCCACAUCUCACGAGACAUAAACAGGUGGAGUUGGAGGAAUCGACGGAGAUCGGAAUCCGGUUUAGGGUUUUAGCAAAGAAGAACAAUGGAGGGUUGGGAUCCGAAUACCAAGUCGACGCUUACCCAAAUCCCUCUAUUAACGACGAAAGCCGGGCCCAGAGAUGGCGCCGCAUGGACGCAGAGGCUGAAGGAGGAGUAUAAGGCAUUGAUAGCCUACACCCAGAUGAACAAGUCAAAUGACAACGACUGGUUUAGGAUCUCAGCUGCAAAUCCAGAAGGAACACGUUGGAUCGGAAAGUGCUGGUACAUUCAUAACCUUCUCAAGUACGAAUUCGAUCUUCAAUUCGAUAUUCCCGUCACGUAUCCCUCCACAGCGCCGGAGCUUGAGCUGCCGGAGCUCGAUGGAAAAACCCAGAAGAUGUAUAGAGGUGGAAAGAUCUGCUUAACCAUUCAUUUCAAGCCGCUGUGGGCGAAAAAUUGCCCUAGGUUUGGAAUUGCUCACGCUCUUUGUUUGGGACUUGCACCAUGGCUUGCCGCUGAGGUUCCAAUUCUCGUUGACUCUGGUAUGAUCAAGCACAAAGACGACACGACAUCAACCAGUGAAUCUUAGAAAGUAUAUGAACUUCUCAUGGCCAUAAAACUGAAACUUUUGACCUCGUACAUUUCUGGGUAAUUGGAAAAUAAACUUAUCAAGCACCAAAAGUUGUAAUUUAGAGGUUGUUCUUCGACCCCCCAACCCAUAAAUUUAACUGUUGAGGUUACAACCCUUCAGUUACUUAUAUACAUAGUUAUAUAUUUACUGGGAUUCUGUCGUAUAUGUUGAUACACCAGCUAAUCACCUUUUGUUUACCAUUAUUCUCUCUUGGAUUGGCUCUAAUGAAAAUGUGGACUGCAGAUUGUUCUUGGGAAUGAAGCAUCUGCUUGAUGCACUUUAGUUAAUCUCU